AAGAGACAGAGCUGGCCAUGGCCAUGGCCGUGAAGCUGAAAGCGAAACUCUGCAAAACAAGAACCCAUCACCUUCACUCCCUUCGCUUCUUCUCUUCUAACCCUCACCGUUCUGGUUGCACCAAUCUUCCACAUUCCCCACGGUCACCUUAUCCCUUCAAAGACCAUGACCUUCUCUGUGCAAUCUCCGAAGCCAUCAACAAUUCCGAAACCAAACAUCUUGAAGAUUACUCUCUCAACCCCACUCUCAGACGCAUUCUCCCUUCCCUCACAGCCCGCCAUGUUACCAACCUCAUCAACCUCAACCCCCUUUCUCUCUCUCCUCUCUCUCUCCUCUCCUUCUUCAACUGGCUCGCUUCUCGUCCUCCCUUUCGCCACACUCUUCAUUCCUACUGCACUAUGGUUCACUUCCUCUGUUUCCACCGUUUGCUUCCACAAGCACAUUCUCUCCUCUGUUUCGUUAUUUCCAGAAAAGGGACCGGCUCUGCUUCUUCUCUGUUCUCUUCAAUUCUCCAAUCCAUGCCCCCACCUCAUCAUUCCUUUCUCGUGUUUGAUGCUUUGAUCUGUGCUUACGUUGAUUCUGGCUUUUUGUCUGAUGCUAUCCAGUGUUUCAGGUUGGUUAGGAAGAAGAACUUCUCUCUACCGUUUAGGGCUUGUGGGCAUUUGCUUCAUCACGUGAUGAAGUUGAAACCGGUUGGACCUUCUUGGGACUUUUAUUUGGAGGUUUUGGAUUGUGGAUAUCCUCCAAAAAUUUAUUUUUUUAAUGUUUUGAUGCACGGGUUUUGUAAAGGUGGUGAUGUUAGGAAUGCGCGGUUGGUGUUUGAUGAAAUUCCCAAGAGGGGUUUGCGUCCUACGGUUGUUAGUUUCAACACUUUGAUCAGUGGGUACUGUAAAUCGGGGAAUGUGGAGGAGGGUUUCACGUUGAAGAGUAUUAUGGAGAGUGAGAGGAUUUGUCCUGACGUUUUCACUUUCAGUGCUUUGAUCAAUGGGUUGUGUAAGGAGAGUAGGUUGGAUGAGGCGAGCCUUUUGUUUGAUGAAAUGUGCAGGAGAGGCUUGGCCCCCAAUGGUGUUACUUUCACCACUUUGAUUGAUGGGCAGUGCAAGGAUGGGAAAGUUGAUUUGGCCUUGAAAAAUUUUCAGAUGAUGCUUGCUGAGGGCAUUAGACCUGACUUGGUUACGUAUAAUGCACUGAUCAACGGCCUUUGCAAGGUUGGGGAUUUGAAGGAAGCUAGGAAGCUUGUGAAUGAGAUGGGUGCAAGUGGUUUGAAGCCUGAUAAAUUCACUUUCACUACACUAAUAGAUGGAUGUUGCAAGGAUGGAGAUUUGGAAUCGGCGUUGGAGAUCAAGAGGAGAAUGGUUGAAGAGGGGAUUGAACUUGAUGAUGUAGCUUUCACUGCUCUUCUCUCUGGGCUUUGUAGAGAUGGAAGGGUUCAUGACGCUGAAAGAAUGUUGAGAGAUAUGUUGAAUGCUGGUUUCAAACCUGAUGAUCCAACAUAUACCAUGGUUAUUGAUUGCUUUUGUAAGAAGGGUGAUGUUAAAAUGGGAUUCAAGUUGCUCAAGGAGAUGCAAAGUGAUGGACAUGUACCAAGAGUUGUGACAUAUAAUGCGCUAAUGAAUGGACUGUGCAAACAAGGUCAGAUGAAAAAUGCUAAAAUGCUGUUAGAUGCAAUGCUUAAUUUGGGUGUGGCUCCAAAUGAUAUUACAUUUAACAUUUUACUGGACGGCCAUUGCAAGCAUGGAAGCACUGUUGAUUUUAACAUAUUUAAUUCUGAGAAAGGACUUGUUACAGACUAUGCUUCAUAUACAGCACUUGUUAAUGAAUCAAGUAAAAUUUCAAAAGAUCGCCUAAAGAGAUGAUUGGCUACUGAAUGCCCUUUUUUGCCGAGCUGUCACAAUUGUCAGACCUGGCUUACAAAUAGAACGGUUUCAGAGUUAAUCAAAAGUUACUAACUAUUCUCUCUGGAUCAGUAUUUAGCCAAGGUUGGCCUAUAGAGUACAUUAAAAAUUUCAUAACAAAAUUGACGAUUGCCUUGGUGGAUUGCUGGAAAUCUAUCUGAAAAUAUGUUUUGAUGUAAAAACCCAUGCCACCCUAAAAAGCUUGAAGCUUCAUUGUUUGCAACAACACCAGAGUUAUUGGAGAUUGGGAUUGCUUCGCUCUUCACUUUGUGUAUGGUGGAUACAAUUAAUGGCAAUUGAGGUUCUUUUGUCUGCUUCAGUGAUCCCUUGUAAAUGAGGCAACUGGGCUGCCAUUGUCAAUACCAGAAGCUAAAGUUGCUUCUAACGGUUAGCGUGACUAGCUAACCGAGAGCUACCUAAGAUGAUUCAGUUGCAUCUAAAAUGGCUUCCUAACAACCUGCUAUGGAUGCCCAAGUUUAUUCUUAAAGAAAGUGCCCUGAUGGAUUUGUAGAAGAAAGAAACAUGUUUUUGCUAUAUGGAUGAUACUUCUAUGGAGGAAUGUUCCCCCUAAUCAAAGCCUGUGAUAUUUUCCAAACUACAUUUUCUCAGAAGGCUCGGUUUUGGUGGUGGGUGCCAUUUCAGCAGUUCUUACAUUCAUAGUUAACAUACAUAUGCAAAGCAAGUGAUCAAUAUUCAUAGGGGAAUUUCUAGUGGGAAGGAGGGAAUUUGAAGGGAGAAAUGAUUAAUGAUAAUAAUUUGCUGAUUUUUAACUGACAUUACACACACACUUGUAUUAACAUAUUUGAAUGCUAUUUCAAAAUUUCAUUUAAUUUUUAACUAUGGCCGUCGUAGUUUUGUGUAGAUACAGUACUCAAACCCAGCCCGUAUCUAUGCAACAUUUGAGAGUGUUGUGGGCUUGAGAUGUUCUUAAGUGAAACAUGUAUAUAUUUCCCAGAGUCUCGUUGGGCCUUUGGGAUAUUUUUUCCUGAACUAUAUUGGU